GAGGAAGAUGAGAUAAAGCCACUCAGAUGGAGGCCAGGUCCACCAGCCUCAAGACGCUCAAGUUUGGAAAGCUGAAGGUGGUACGUCGGCGCUUGCUACAGAGAUAUGAGCAUCAGCCCUUCAUCUCCUGCCUGGCUGGUUUCUACAGCUGCCGGUGGAAGCGGUACCAGCGCAGAAGGACCGAGCCUGGGAAAUGCUGCUGCAAGACGCGGGAAUGCGUGUUUUUCCCAUUGCUUGUUGGAGCAUUCUGCUUUUCUCUGGUCUUUCUGUACAUGUGGGGUGAAGCGAAAAAUGACUACAAUAACUUUGACUGGUAUAACUAUGGGAACCUGGGCUUUUGGUUUCUCUGGUCUCUUGUUCUCCUGAUUGUGGCUGCAAUCUUGUUCACGUACAUCACGCUGUUAUUGGUCCUAGCGAUGUGUUUGCUUGCAGAAGGUCAGCAGCUGUACCUACACUGGAGUCACAAGAUUGGGACUUUUCUUGUCCUGGGCUUCUCUAUAACAGCCCUCUUCAUAUUAUCGGUACUCUGGGGAGAUCAAUGGAAAACUGUCCGCUUGUCAUUCCAGAUCACAGCUCCCUAUCUCCACAUAGGGGCAAUAACCAUCAUGGUCCUCCUGUCCUGGCCUGUGGCUCUUCAUGCCAUCAGAGCAGAUAAGAAAGUUGUUCAGGUGAUAAUUGUUGGUCCAUACCUGGCUAUCCUUCUCUUUCUUUUCUUGAUACCUCUGGGGAUGUACUCUCCUUGCAUCAGAGAGAUGGGGACACUUGGACCAAAGCCAGCCCUCAUUGGACACCGUGGAGCACCAAUGCUGGCACCAGAAAACACUGAGAUGUCAUUUCAGAAGACAAUUGAACAUGGUGGGGAUGGUCUUGAAACAGAUGUCACCAUCAGCUACGAUGGGGUUCCUUUCCUCAUGCAUGACAGCACCUUGAGGAGGACAACUAACAUCAAGGAGGUCUAUCCCAAUGACACUGCUCAAAAUGCCGCGUUAUUCUCCUGGGAUGCCCUGGAGGAGUUGAAUGCUGGAACGUGGUUCCUUAAGGACAAACCAUUUUCAUGCAUGGGCUCACUGUCAAGGGCAGAUCAAAACCAGGCAAUGAAUCAGUCAAUUUACAAGCUAAGUAAUUUCUUGCGCCUCGCAGACAGUCAGAAUAAACUUGUGAUAUUUGAUCUCUACCGCCCUCCAGAGAAACAUCCUUACAGGAACUCGUGGAUCAACAGAACCCUGGAAGUCAUCCUCAGCGAGUCGGGGAUUAGACCCCAUCUGGUCCUCUGGCUGGAGAACGACAUGAGGUCCUUUGUUCAGUCUGUUGCUCCUGGGUUUCAGCAGACAAUGGGCAGUAAGGCCCCGGUUGAAGACCUAUUGAUGGACAAUAUUGUCAAACUCAAUCUGGCCUACACUGAAAUGUCCAGUGAAGAUAUCCGGAAAUACGCUGAGGCAAACAUUACCACCAACCUCUAUGUGGUCAAUGAGCCAUGGCUUUUCUCCCUGGCGUGGUGCUCUGGGGCACACUCUGUGACCACCAAUGCCGUCCACACGCUGAAGAAUCUCAGCCAGCCACUCUUCCUCAUGACUCCGCAGCAGUACAACAUCAUGUGGAUCCUGACAGACCUGACCUCUGUGCUCCUCAUCUCACUCAUCUUUGCUCUGCACUGGUGGCGAGAGCAGAGUUUCUCCUGCUGUGCCCAUGACGGUGGCCCGAUGCUGGAGAGCGGCACCUACAACAAGUUCAGGACGGAGCUCAGCGACAUGCCCGCUGUCUUGGCCUGA